AUGAAACCAGGUGGCGACUUGACAACCGCCUUCCUACUUCCGCUUCCCCCGUCGAGCCUUGAUCUGGCAUUUGAGGAUGAUACCCUCGACCUUGUCAAGCAGGCGUGGAAGAAGAUCAUGGGAGAUGAAGUAGAGGAUGAUGAUUUUAUGAUUUUUGAGAUCGCGAUGGCGCUUCCGACCAAUGAUGCGUAG